CACCUUUAAUAUUUUCUAACUUUCCCAAAAAAACUAGCAUUCCUAAAUCUUGAUUCCCAUCAACAAAUCUCUACCACUACACAUUCCUUAAUGCAUGUUUCCAACAAAAACACCCAUUUCAAACCACCCACACAUCAUUCCCCCCAAAAUCCAUGUCUAAUCUCUCUGAAAUAACACAAUCUCUUCCUCUUCCUCCUCAAAGACAUCCCAAAACCCAAACUCCUCCCUCCCAAUUCUCAAUCUCCAAAAACUACUCCCCAGCACACUUCAUCAGACUCCCAAGAGAUCAUACAUCUGAUCAUCAUCUUCUCCACCAUCCCCGACGAACUCACCCAUUAGUAUGGUGUAGUGCAAUCAUAUGUCUCGUAAUCUGUCUUCUCAUCAUCGUAUUCGGAAUCACAACCCUAAUCAUUUUCCUCGUAAUCAAACCUAAAUACCCUUCUUUCGAUAUCCCAAACGCAAACCUAAACGUAAUCUACUUCGAUUCCCCGGAUAAUUUUAAUGGCGAUUUUACUUUCGUAGCCAAUUUUACAAACCCUAAUCGAAAAAUUCAUAUUAAAUUCGAUUUUUUAGAUGUAGAACUAUAUUUCAUUGAUAGAUUGAUUGCUGCUCAAGCACUUGAACCGUUUAGUCUGAAACCAAGGGAAGCGAGAUUGGAGAUGAUUCAUUUUAUAUCUAGUUUGGUUUAUUUGCCGCCGAAUCCGGCUAUUGAGCUUCAAAGACAAGUACAGAGUAAUCGGGUCAAGUAUAAUGUUAGGGGGACGUUUCGGGUCAGAGCUAAAGUGGGUAUGGCUCAGUUUUCUUACUGGUUGCAUGCUAAUUGUCAAUUGGAGAUGACUAGUCCUCCUACUGGUGUUCUUGUAGCUAGGAAUUGCACCACUAAAAGAUGAUUAUGGAGUGGAAUGGAGGUCAUUUUUGAUUUUCAUUGUUUUGGAAUUGGAAACCUUAAAUUUCUCUGUUCAAGAUCUCUUGGUGUACAGAAUUAAUUCAGUAUUCAUCAAUCAUGAAUGACUCUCACUCACAUAGAAAAAGGAAAGUAAGAAUUCACUUGUAUUGGUGGAACAAUUGAGAAAUCUCGAGUGAUGAUUCAAAAAGGCAUUAUUAAGGAUUCCGUUCAAAAUUUGAUUGCAGAAGCAUAGAAAGCUUGGUAAGAAACCUAGUGGAUUCGCACAUGUUGAUGACUCGAUGUUAUGUACUUCAUCUUUCCGUAAAGUGCGUCAGAUAAAGCUAAUUUCUUUCCGGUCUCUCCAUCAAUCAAAAAGGAGAUCAACAAAAAUCUACGAUCAUCUGGCAAAUUUCAUACAUUUCACUUUUUACCUAUUAUUUUGUUUAUUUAUUAUAUAUUGAAUUAUUUUAUUUAUGUGUUGAAUUAUAUAAAUCUAAAAAUUUUUAAAGGUUAAUAUUAUGAAAGUAUGCGAUUACACGAUU